AUGCCUAACAAGGCUCCGGGGCUCGACGGCUGGGACGUCCCGUUCCUGAAAGCGCUUACCCGCGAGGAAGUCGCCACCCUCGCAGAGCUCUGGCGGGCUGUGGAGUUGGAGGGCGCCCUCCCACACCCGUCCUCGUUCACCCAAUACGUCAUGCUUCCUAAGAAUGACAGGGUGGAAAGGCCGAUAGGCUUGAUGAGUACUUUCGUUAAGCUUGGCAUCAAGUGCAGGUGGGAGCUCGCCAGCCGGUGGAUUGAAUCCCACCGAGGUGCCCUUUGGUGGGACUCUGCUCUCCCGUCUCGCAGCACCCACGAUGCCUCGCUGAGGAGGGCUUUCUUGUAUGAGGCCUGCAGGGUCGACAAGGUGCAUCGGUGCACCAUCUUCUUCGACCUCAGCACCUUUUACGAGCGCGUGAGCCAUGAGAGGCUCGUCGAGGAGGCGGCCUCUUGGCAGUUCCCUCCGCGUACAGGGGAGCCGCAUCGUGACGUCAGACUCCGUCGCGUCACCUUGCGUUUACGCCACGCGCGGCAUAGUGGCACUCUGUCGAAACUCGCGAUCGGUAAGCCCAUCGUGGCCACAUGUUCGGGACCGAGUGUCGACUUUGUCGGCACUUGGAUAGACGACGUGUCGGCGGAUGUGGUUCAUAAGUCGGCAGACAGGGCAGCCCCGGACAUCAUCUCCCUCUUCCGCCGCCUGAACCAGGCACUCGAAGCGGAUGGGAAGGUCUCCGCUUCCAAGACGCACUUCUUGGCAAGCUCGGCGGAGGCUGAGCGCGCGCUGAAGCGCAAGUUGGGGAAGAACGACCCCCCAGUGCGGCAAACCACCAAGGACCUCGGCAUGGAGACAGCUGCCGUCCGCCGCGCGGCGCAACAAAGCCGGCAGGUGCGCUCGAGGCUCUUCUCGAUGAGCAUCAUGGCUUCUGGUAACUGGGGCCACCAGGCCCAGGGGGUCUCCCCGAAAGUCAUGAAAAGCAUCCGCCUUCAAGCGGCGCUGCUGUCUGGCAAGGUCACCACGGGCAGCGUCGAAGUGGCUAUAGAGCUGGGCGGCCCUCUGGUCAGAGAUCCCCGCACCUCCAUCAUAGCCCAGCACUGGGCUGCGCUGUGCAAGGUCAUGCACGCGCUGCCCGACCGCGAGCAGCUGGAGAGGACGUGGCGCACCCUCUGGAAGCAGCUACAACGCGCAGACAGGUGGAAAAUCGUCGCCGGCCCUCUCGGAGCCAUGAUCAGCUAUCUCCUAACCUCGGGGCGGCUUCCCCCCGCCACUGGGAGUUCGAUGCUGAUCUCUGUCAAGCUGGCUUCGGGCCGAGUGGCUUUUGACCAUUCUCAUCAUGCCAUCAAGAUGUGCCUGAUUGCUGCGUCCGAGAGGCACCGGCAGGAGGCCAUUAGCCGCCAAACAAGCUGUGAUGACUUGGGGAGGGGGAUUGACGUGACCGUCCCGCGGCAGCUGGCUAAGGCCAAAACCGCCAGCCUUCGCAAAGGAGCGCUUCGCAUGGUUUGGCAGGGCGCCAUGCGCUCCCGCCAGCCGCGGCCCGGGGAGAAGUGCCCCCUGUGUCAAGUACCGCUCACCCCUCUGCACAUGGCACAGGACUGCGCAUGGUGGCGCGGGUCACCCAGCUGCGAGUACACGUGGGGCCCGGACAGUGAUGAGGCCACCGGUGCCGCGGAGGACCGGGAGUGGUCCCCCGAGUACCUCUAUGCACUGACGGCACCGCCGGCGUUCACGGCAAAGACCCGCGAGGGCGGAUUGCAGCAUGGUCUGUGGUCAUCUUUCGAAA